AUUCUUAUGUAUUUAGGGCUUUUUACGUUCUCUUAAUCUCAAUAUGGAAUGAGUAACAACAUUAAUACCCUAAAUGCGAAAGUUUGUGUUUAUGGACGUUUAAGCGUUUGUUCCUCGUUCAAAAACUACCGACUAGGCUUAAUUAAAUUUUGCAUCAAUAAAGUUUCAAUAUCAGAACAACAUAUUGGCUACUUUUUAUCUGGGUCCGGGUUUCCUCGGGACGCGCAGGCAAAAGCUAGUGUGCCUCGAAUUUAAGUUUGCUAAAACUACUCUACUUUGUACUUUUAUCUAUUACUUACUAUAAUACUCUAAAUUCCUAGGUCGCGUGUUUCGCCUGCCUGAUUCCAUCAGCUGUCUCCAUCAACCUGCUGGCAGCCAAGGCCGUGGCCAGUCAGGCCGCGGGAGACAUCGCUGCUAUUGGAGCUAAAACUUUAGAAGCCAAGAAGAAUGCUAUUGUUAAAGCCGCCAAUGAAAUCGCUGCUAUUGCCGCUCAGGGAGCUACGCAAAAAGGUGAAGCAAUUAAGACAGCAGCUACCUCAAUGGCCGGAGCCAUGAUCAACGGUGCCUUAUCUAUCGGAGCUACCAUCGCGAAGGCUGGUCUGAACAUGAUAGCUGCUAAGUUCACUCACCCAACCGUGGUCUACGAACCAUCCAUCGUCAUCAAACCACCAGUGGUGCAGGAUGCCAUCAUUGAAGAGAAAAUCGUCGAAAAACCUGUUGUUGUUGAAUAUGAUCAAGAGAUCAAGCUCCCGGUCCAGAGCCGACCAAUCAGCAGUGUCUCCGUGGAUGUCAGCCCGGACUUCUUCGACCUGCCAGCACCUCCCCAGCUGCCCUCGGUGUGGACUACCGUGGAGGAGGUAGCACCUGCCUUUGAGUUCGUUGGCCAUGACAACUCACCCUACGUUUAUGAGAUUGUCCAGACACCUCAGGUACAAUAUGGACCGCUGAUCGAGUCGUUCCAAUUCGUCAAAUGAAGAAAAUCAUCUAUACAGUGUAAAUAAAUCUACCAGGCUAAUAUUUUAAUAAAAAUAUAAAGA